CUCCUCCCAGGUCGUCGAAACAACAAACCGAACUACGGAGCAAGCGGGGUGAGAGAACGUCCGAAACCGCCUCUGACCGCGACUUUUAAACUAAUUUUUCUAUUUUUUUAGCGGGAUUAAGACAGUGGCCGUAUAAGAAUAGUAAAAGUUACAAUCAUAUCGGGACUACAAUUCACAACAAGGUCACAUGCAACCUCCCCUGCCUUAUAUUUACUGAGAAUCUCAAGUCAGUUGAAGUUAUCCAGAAGAUGUUACAGAAAUGAUAGCAGCACCAGAAAUACCUUCAGAGUUCACCUACACUCACGACACAGAUACCAGAUUCUCCUCAGAUACAGACUUCUCUGAGGAUCCUGAUGGAAGGGGUGCAAAUACAGCGAAAGGAAAGGGGGGGAAGAAGGGGAAGAAAGCAGCAGGGGAGAAAGGCAAAGGAGGGAAGGGUGCUGGGCGACUAAAUGGCCACCACCAAGAGAAUGGCAUGGAGAACAUGAUGCUGUUCGAGGUUGUGAAACUGGGAAGGAGUGCAAUGCAGUCUGUUGUUGAUGACUGGAUCGAGUCUUACAAACACGACAGAGAUGCCGCACUGCUAGAUCUCAUCAACUUUUUUAUUCAGUGCUCAGGAUGUAAAGGUGUGGUCAGUGGAGAAAUGUUUCAAAACAUGCAGAACUCUGAGAUCAUUAGACGAAUGACAGAGGAAUUCGAUGAGGACAGCGGUGAUUACCCUCUAACCAUCGCUGGGCCCCAGUGGAAGAAGUUUAAAUCCAGCUUUUGUGAAUUCAUUUCAGUGCUAGUGCGCCAGUGUCAAUACAGUAUCAUCUAUGAUGAUUACAUGAUGGACACAGUCAUCUCCCUCCUGACUGGACUAUCAGAUUCCCAAGUCCGAGCCUUUAGACACACCUCCACACUGGCGGCCAUGAAGCUCAUGACGGCCCUGGUGAAUGUAGCUCUAAACCUGAGCAUCAACAUGGAUAACACACAGCGGCAGUACGAGGCAGAGAGGAAUAAGAUAGUUGCUAAAAGGGCAAACGACAGGCUAGAGCUACUCCUGCAGAAACGCAAAGAGCUCCAAGAAAAUCAGGAUGAGAUUGAAAACAUGAUGAAUGCAAUUUUCAAAGGAGUUUUUGUUCACCGAUAUCGUGAUUCGAUAGCAGAAAUCAGGGCAAUUUGUAUAGAGGAGAUUGGAGUGUGGAUGAAACUCUACAGCGAUGCCUUCCUCAACGACAGCUAUCUGAAGUACGUGGGGUGGACCAUGCACGAUAAGCAAGGCGAGGUACGUCUGAAGUGUCUGACAGCUCUCCAGGGCCUGUACUACAACAGAGAGCUCAAUGCAAGACUGGAGCUCUUCACUAGUCGCUUUAAGGACCGAAUUGUGUCCAUGACUCUUGACAAAGAGUAUGAUGUGGCAGUACAAGCUAUUAAACUGCUCACCUUAGUCCUGAAUAGUACAGAUGAAGUCUUGACCCCAGAGGACUGUGAAAGUGUCUAUCACCUGGUCUACUCGGCACACAGGCCUGUUGCAAUAGCGGCCGGAGAAUUUCUAUACAAAAAUUUGCUGUUAGUCAAACAGUGCAUCUUUCCAGCACAGUGCUGUGCAGUAGGAUGUUUGCACACAUUUAACUAUAAAUAUUCUCAAAGACUGUUCAGCCAACGGGAACCAGAGGAGGAAGGUGCCCCCAAAAGGAGAGGCAGACAAAGCCCCAACGCCAACCUCAUUAAGACCACUGUCUUUUUCUUCCUUGAGAGUGAGCUCCACGAGCAUGCAGCCUAUCUCGUGGACUCCCUCUGGGAAUGUGGUGCAGAGCUACUGAAAGACUGGGAGUGUAUGAUCAGCCUACUGCUAGAUGACCCCUUACCAGGAGAAGAAGCUCUAACCGACAGACAAGAGACAGCUUUGAUUGAAAUCAUGCUGUGCACUGUGCGCCAGGCAGCUGAAUGCCACCCACCUGUGGGAAGAGGAACAGGCAAGAGGGUAAUGACGGCUAAGGAGAAGAAAACUCAGCUGGAUGACAGAACCAGAAUGACUGAGCUGUUUGCGGUGGCUUUGCCCCCUCUACUGGCCAAGUACGCCAUUGACGCAGAAAAGGUGACAAACUUGUUACAGCUGCCGCAGUUCUUUGACUUGGAGAUUUAUACCACGGGACGUCUGGAGAAGCAUCUCGAAGCCCUGCUGCGUCAGAUCAAAGAAAUAGUGGAGAAGCACACAGACACUGAAGUCUUGGAGUCCUGCUCUAAAACGUACCAUGCCCUCUGCAAUGAGGAGUUCACGAUCUUUAACAGGGUCGACAUAGCCCGCUCUCAGCUCCUGGAUGAGCUUGUGGACAAAUUCACCAGUCUACUGGAGGACUUUCUACAAGAGGGGGAAGACGCAGACGAAGAUGAUGCCUAUCAGGUUUUGUCGACUCUGAAGAGGAUCACCGCAUUUCACAAUGCGCACGACCUCUCGGGGUGGGACCUCUUCACCAGCAACUUCAAGCUGCUCAACACGGGCAUUGAGAACGGAGACAUGCCCGAGCAGAUAGUCAUCCAUUCGCUGCAGUGUACCCACUACGUGAUCCUGUGGCAGCUGGCCAAGUUAUCUGAGGGCAGCUCCAGAAAGGACGAUAUGGUGACCCUGAGGAAGCAGAUGAGGGCGUUCUGCAUGAUGUGCCAGCGCUACCUCACCAACGUCAACACCGGCGUCAAAGAACAGGCAUUCACCAUCCUGUGUGAUCUUCUGCUCAUAUUCAGCCACCAGAUGGUGUCUGGAGGCAGGGAACACCUGGAGCCGCUGGUCUACUCCCCAGAGGACUCUUUACAGUCGGAGCUGCUCUCCUUCAUCCUGAACCAUGUCUUCAUAGACCAGGACGAUGACACAAAUAGCACAGAUGGGCAACAAGAUGACGAGGCUGUGAAGAUUGAAGCUCUGCACAAGAGGAGAAAUCUCCUUGCUGCCUACUGUAAACUCAUUAUCUACUGUGUGGUAGAAAUGAAGACGGGAGCCGACAUCUUCAAGCAGUACAUGAGGGCAAGACUUGCUUUGUUCUCAACCUACCAAUGUUUUUAUCUACAGUACUACAAUGAUUACGGUGACAUAAUCAAGGAGACUAUGAGUAAGACUCGGCAAAUUGACAAGAUUCAGUGUGCCAAGACGCUCAUCCUCAGUCUGCAGCAGCUGUUUAAUGAAAUGCUGUCUGAGCUGGGUCACGGGUUCGAUCGCUCCUCCUCUGCAUUCUGUGGAAUCAAAGAGUUGGCCCGUCGUUUUUCUCUCACCUUCGGCCUCGACCAAGUGAAAACAAGAGAUGCCAUUGCUAUGCUGCACAAAGAUGGUAUCGAGUUUGCUUUUAAGGACCCCAGUCCUCAGGGAGAAGGUGGCCCUCCCCUCAACCUGGCCUUCCUGGACAUCCUCAGCGAGUUCUCCUCCAAACUUAUGAGACAAGACAAGAGGACUGUCCACAUGUACCUGGAGCGCUUCAUGACGUUCCAGAUGGCCCUGCAGCGAGAGGACUGCUGGCUUCCCCUCAUCUCCUACAGGAAUUCCUUGCAGGCUGGUGGUGACGAUGACACUAUGUCUGUGAUGAGUGGCUACUCCAGCAGAGGCUCUUCUGUUCGCUCCAAGAAGACCAAGCCUCCCAUGGUCACAGCUGGAACUUCAACAGCUAAGAGGAAGCUGCCAGAGGAGGAGAGCAGCAGCGGGGAGGUGUGGCAGCAAAGCAUGCCGACUCCAGUCAUGAUGCCUUCCCCUCAUCUCACCUCCACUGCCAUGCGAGACCCCAAGAGGAGUCGUGACGACAGCUACAUGGGGGUCUACCCCCUCCCCCAUGACCAGCAGCAGCCCCACCAACACCCACAGCACCAUCAACAGACGCCUCAGCACCACCAGACACCCAUGGAUUACAAUUCCCAGGUGACGUGGAUGCUGGCCCAGAGACAGCAAGAAGAGGCACGCCAGCAACAAGAAAGAGCCAUGAACUACGCCAAGCUCAGGACCAAUCUGCAGCACGCUAUCAGCCGCCGCGGCACCGGGCUCAUGGAGGAGGACGAGGAGCCCAUUGUGGAGGAUGUCAUGAUGUCGUCCGAGGGUCGCAUGGACGACCUCAACGAAGGCAUGGACUUUGACACCAUGGACAUCGAUCUGCCACCUUCCAAGAACCGGCGUGAGAGAUCUGAGCUAAAGCCAGACUACUUUGACCCUGCUUCUAUCAUGGACGAAUCGGUCCUCGGGGUGUCCAUGUUUUAAGCUAAUAUCCAGAUGAUUUUGACGCGGGGAUGACAGAAGAGGCGCUUUGUAUUUAAAGAGAAUUUUAGAUGCGAAAAAACAGAAGUGUUUCUGUAAGAAAAAGUAAAAAUAAAACAAAAAAAAUUUCCAACUUGUACUCCACGUGGACCAAUGACAACCCACACUCAGUGUUGCUUGCUCAGAGAGGACUUUGUUUGAAAAAAAAAAAAUUUUACUUUUAUAAUCUUGGGUAAGCUCUUCCUGUUCAAAAUAGUGCUACAGGCCACUUCCAAAACCUAUUAGGAACCAGACGUGUCUGAAGAAAAGAAAAAUCAAUAGCUUCCCCCCCCCCCCCCCCUCUUUUUUUUUUUUCUUUCUUUUUUUUUUUUUGUUCGUCUAACUCUUUUUACAACUGUAGUAAGUUACCAGGUGUGAAGUAGUAAUUUAUAAACGAACUGUAGUAGCUUGCUUGUACUGUGUUAGCCAAGUGGAUGGAGGUCUUUCUGUUUUCUUUUAUCUUUCACUGUUUCUCUGUUUGUUUUUUUCCUCCCUCUUAUCUCUUCAGUUCUUUCUCCCUGUUGUUUGGCCUGAGCUGAGGCCCCCCCCCACCCCCCGAUAACCACUGGUGGUUAAGAUUUCUGAGAUGUCACAUAGAAUCGGUGUAGAUCCCUUUUAUGCUGUGAAAAUUCCUCAAGUCCCCAUUUAUGUUCCGCUCUAUGAAACGGUAUGUCCCAGAGCCAGCUCCAAGAUUUGGAUCACUCCUUAAGCAUCUUCUAGAAGAAUGCCCCCCCCCCCCCCCCCCCAC